AUGAAUUCAAAAGAUUUUCGAAACGAACGACUUGAAGCUGCAAUUCGCGAAGAGAACAUUACUACAAUUGAUUUUAGUGAAUUUUCAUAUAUAGAAACUAUAAGUGAAGGAAGUUUUGGUUUUGUAGUAAAAUCAAAAUGGAAGGAUUCGACGAUUGUUCUCAAAAGUCUAAAAGUGAAUGAAAUACUUAAUGCAAAUGCUACACGGAUGUUUCUUAGAGAGAAUUUACGAAAUACUCAACAAAAUGGUCAUGUUAAUGUACCAGAUUCUCCAACACGACGUGAACGUCCAGUCAGCAUAAGUGGAGAUGCUGUUGAAAAUGUUUCAAGUUCUUCCGUUCCCAGCAACAACAAUAAUAAUAAUCAACUCAUUCCGUUAUCACCAAUUUCAUCAAAGUCUUCAAAUCCUCGUAAAUUAGACAAUGAUGAUCAGAUCAAAAUUAAUAGGAAUAGUAUACAACUUAUGAAUAUUAAUUUAUCUCAUCUAAGUCAAUGCUUAGAUGAUAGCUUGGCUACUUUAAAUACCUUUGAAUCAAGUGGUUUAGCUUAUAGAAGUUUGAAAAGAUAUAAAGAUGCACUUGAUGAUAUUAAUAAAGCAAUAGAACUUGAUUCUGACUCUGCUAAAGCAUUAGAAAAUGAUUCAAAUAAUGUGGUUAUAUUAGAAUCUUUUGGAUUGGCCUAUCGUAAAUUACAUAGAUAUGAAGAAGCUCUUAUUUAUCUAAAUAAAACAAUAGAACUUAAACCUAAUGAUGCUGUUUCUUAUAUUUUAUAUGAUAUGAAUAGGUAUGAAGAAGCUAUUUUAGAUUUUAAUAAAUCCUUAGAAAUAAAUGAAAAUGAUACUAUUACUUUAGAAUCUCGUGCAUUAGCAUAUCGUACUCUGGGUAGAUUUGAUGAUGCACUCUCUGAUUUGAAUAAGGCAUUAAAAAUUAAGCCAAAUAAUUCAAUACUAUUAAAUUAUAAUAAAUCUUUAGAAAUAGAACCAAACAAUCCCAAUACUUUGAGUAAUCGUGGAUUAACUUUCCGUAGUUUAAAUAAACUUGAUGAGGCUCUCGCAGAUUAUAAUAAAUCUUUAGAAAUGAGGCCAAAUGUAGCUGUCACAUGGAACAAUCGUGGUUUGGUCUAUUUUUCAAUGUAUAAAUAUGAAGAAGCUCUUUCUGAUAUUAACAGAUCUUUAGAACUUGAACCAAAUAAUAUUGUAUCAUUGGAAACUCGAGGGACAAUUUAUAUGAUGCUGUAUAAAUAUGAUGAGGCUAUGAAAGAUUAUAACAAAAUAAUAGAACUAGGUGGUAAUGCUCCAUUGUUACAAUAA